CGACGUGGCAAGGCGCACGCAAAUUGCGGAGGCACCGGACACGGCGCUUUCCUGCGCCGACGCUCUGGUCCCAGCGGCGUCUUCUGGCAGCUCUGAGGCGCCACUUUGGUCGCUCUGGCACGCCUGGCGUUGGGUGGGCGGCAUUUCUGCGCCCACAUGAGCCACUGGCAUUAUGGCCGCAGUGUUCGCGGUCGGGGCCGGGACUUCGCUGUCCGUGCCGCACCCAAGAAGAAAGGCGGAAACCACAUCCCAGAAAGAUGGAAAGACUAUCUUCCAGUUGGACAACGGAUGCCUGGGACCCGUUUCAUUGCUUUCAAAGUUCCUUUGCAAAAGAAAUUUGAAGCGAAGCUUAUGCCAGAAGAAUGCUUUUCUCCUUUGGAUCUUUUUAAUAAAAUCCAAGAACAAAACGAAGAACUUGGAUUGAUAAUCGAUUUAACAUAUACUCAGCGCUAUUAUAAAAUAGAGGAUUUGCCAGAAACUAUUUCUUACAUAAAAAUUUUUACAGUUGGUCAUCAGGUACCUGAUAAUGACACUAUUUUUAAGUUCAAAUGUGCAGUUAAAGAAUUUUUAAAGAAAAAUAAAGACAAUGACAAACUUAUUGGUGUUCACUGCACCCACGGCUUAAACAGGACUGGCUACCUCAUUUGCAGAUAUUUGAUUGAUGUAGAAGGCAUGAGGCCAGAUGAUGCAAUUGAAUUAUUCAACAGGUGUCGGGGGCACUGCAUAGAAAGACAGAACUACAUUGAAAACCUGCAGAAUCAUCGUGUCAAAAAGGAAGUCUUCCGUUUGGUUAGAAACCGGAAUGUUAGUACGUCUAAGUCAGGUGGUCCUGAAGACGCAGCACAUCCUAUGGCACAAGUCCAUACCACUAACAAGCCUCUGCACCAAGGACCUAGGAACAACCGGCCUGCUGGCCGUCCACCACCUUUCCGGCGUUUUCAUACCCAGACCCAGCAGCCACUCAGAAAAUUUUCACAAAGUCAGAGUGUUUUCCGGAGAGGCCUUAUCCCUCCUCCUGGUCCAGCUGGAGAGGACUAUUCACAAAGAAGAUUCUUCUGGAACAUGAAGCCAAGUGCCAGUCAAGCAGCCCAGAAUAAGAAGUGAACUUCUGCCAGUUACCAGAGACAUUUCUACCCAGCCUGCCGGGGGCGGACCCAGUGAGACACCCUUGGCUAGACUGUUUAGGGGCCACCUGAGACCAGAGCUGAACAGAAGACAGCUGGAUGACUUUUAAUAAAAUCAGGUCAAAUGAAUUAAAACAAUUUUAAGCAUUUUUUAGCUUUUUUAAAUCUUUGAUUACUCCUUCCUGUGUGUUAGGUUAAAGAUGAAUUGCAUUGCUUUUUACCUGCUGAUGAAGGCACAGCGAUAGCAGCAGUCCAGAACACAGCGUUCCAGGCUUCAACUUUACUCAAAGAAUUUUCAGUGGAUAAACUAUUUUUUAAUUGUCUUUUGCUUUCCCUGCGUAUUUCCUUUGCUCAUGCUUGUAAAGUGUGUGUAGAUGCAGAGAUUCAUUGUGCUUUACCAUUCUCUGUUACUGACAAUCUUGAGGAUAUCUGUUUUUCUUUGACUGUUCAAAUUUUCUACUAAAAAUCUAGCCAGGAGACAAGUUUCUUUGCGCCUAUUCUCUGUGCUUGUAGGACUCUGAUCAGCUUUCUUUCCUUGGUGGUCAUUGUUGGAAUCUGACCAGCUUCUUACUGAACUGCCAAGUGAGGCAGCUAACACAAAGAAGUGUUAGAGAAUUUUAGGAAAUGAUUUUAGGGAAUGAUUGAUUGCCAACUUGGGCAAGAGAAACUAAUUGAUAAACCAGAGUUCUGGUUAAAUAAUAAUUUACCUGACGAGGCAACUGCCACCAACUAUCCAGAAGGCUUGAAAACCUCUAGAUUUUGAAGGUUGAACAGACGUUCUUGGCUACCUGGGAAGACUAAGGGUGGCGCUGAUCCUGAGGACCUGUGUUCAGGAUCUCUCUCCAGUGGCCUCCCACACUGGAAUGGUGCUCUUCCUCUGGAACACACUUCAGGCUACUUGGAGGUGCUAAUUCCUUCAGCUGUAGAACUCACUCAGGAAGUUGCUCAUCAGAACACACCGCAGUCCAUAACAAGUGAUUGUUGAAUGACUGGGCGAUUUGGCUCUUAUCUUGAAAGCUUCUGGUUCUGAGAAUUGUCAAAGUGAGCAGCUGAUGCUACACAGAGUAGCAUCACACAGUAGUUAUCUUCCUCCACAUGUGAACGUGGAGCCUCACCCUAACGGAGUCCCAGUAGCUCACCCAGCCUUGCCUGGGGCUGAUUUGCUCCGCACUCAAACGAUGGCUCACCACAUUUAACAGAUGCUUGCUAUGAGGCGUCCCCUGCAGAAUUGUCUCCUGGAAUACACUUUUUAGGAAAUGAGAACAGACAGUUAUGAAGCAAAAGAGGACAAGGCUGGGGCAGGUGCAGACGUGCACCCUGUCUAGAAGGGGCAAAGAGCACCUUGGCCAGGGACUUCUGUGGGGGACACUGCCGGGAGACAGCUACUGCAUGAGCUCUGCUGCCUGCCUGUUCCUCUGUCUUUGGAUUACCAACACCUUAAGACCUGGUUUAUCACAGGGUACCUCAUAGCUUUUAUUCUUACACACUGGUGUGGCUUCUGUCCAUGUCAAACCAUCCAAAGGCCUAGUGGAAGGAAGCAGCAGCUUCUUUUUAACACAUUUCUAGUGGUCUGUGUAGUAUUUUUAAAUAGUAUUUUUAUUUUAGAAGCACACAUGAGUACUUUCCCAGGUAGCUUUCCUGAGAUUACCAUGGAAAGGCAUCCUCCUCCGUGUUACCUGGUUGUCAGGUCUCACAGGUAGCCAGCUUAAGUACUUCUGUCUUAUUCUAUUUAUCUUCCUUCAUUGUUUAAGUACUAUUCUUACAGAUCACCAUUUCUAUGUUUUUCAGUUUAUGAUAAUAUGUGAUGAUGAAUUCUUGGCAAACGAGGAUGUAGCUCUCAGCCUAUCCACCCCACAGCUGUUUGCCAGGUUUUGAUGAAAUUCUUGAUAAGUGUUAGUCAUCAUGAGCCAUAGUGCUCCGUGGUUGUGGGUUCUUUUAUGUCUUCACCUUCAUGUUCUUGCCUCAUUCCUUUGUCCUUUUCCCGUUGCCAUGUCAUAUUCAUCCCCCAUAGCUGAUAGUAUUAUAAACUGUCUCCGUGUAAGUGAUGUGCCCUUGUGGUUUGACCCCUUUUCUGGAGCUUCUUAAAAUGCCCUGGUUAGAUACCAGCACCAGUUGUUAGGGCUGCCAUGGUCGAGUGUCAUAGAUGGGGCAGUGUAAUCUGCAGGAAUGUUCUAUUUCUCAUAGUUGUAGAAGCUGGGGAAGACGGAGGCAGUGAGAAUAGGAUCUUGUAAAUGGUUGGUACCUCACUGUCUUCUAUGUCUUAAUACAUCUCUUAACCCCUCCCUCCCUUUUUUUUCUUUUUAAAUGAUAUGCCAAGAUGUAUCCUCAGCUCUCCUCAAAGAUGCCAGUCAUUAGGUUCUUUUUGGAGACUUUAUUUUAAUGUUUUUGCCUCUUUAAAGAUUGUACCAAAUGCAGUGCUAUUUCAGAUACUGGGGCUUAGAACUUUAACAGGAAUCUGAGGAAACACAGCUGUCCACAGGAAGCACACUGUCUAUUCAUUACACCUGGGACCCAGCUCCUGACUUGAGCCCUCUUCUAUCUUACUUGUCAUUUCUUAGAACGCCCUUAUGUCUCCUGGGUCCCAGGGUGCUACUUUCAUGACUGCAAUUUCCCAUUUGAUCAUUAUGUCUGUCCUUCACUAGCUUCUGGGGCUGGGUGGGAUGUCACCGCUGAAUCAGAACUGACCUGUUUGAUUCUUUCUCUGUUCCUGUACUUUGAUUAGCUACAGGGUCAGGUAGGCACUUUCCAGUGCAUCUCUUCAUGCUGUUCCGGGUGUCGCUGCUGGCUGUUGAAAUCCUCUAUCUUCUGGUCUCGAACCUCUGUCUGUAACCUGUAAUUUGUCUCUUGAAGUCUUAAGGUCUUCAUCUCAGAUGAUAGAGUGUUUUCUAUCCACAGUGACAGAUAGCAAGUGAGCCCUUUCAGUAUGGUGAAUUGCAAGAAGUUUUUAUUUACUGCUGUUGUAUUAGUACUAACCCUAACCGUUGGCAGCUUCUGGUUGGAUGUUGGGUUCCUUUCCUGGAAUGUGCCUUUGAUUUAAUUAUAUUUUUUUUAACCUGUUCACAUUAAUCUCUAGUAUUUUUUCUGAUGUGUUGGAGAUGCUGGGCUUGACAGGGUCUCGAGCAUGCUAGACAUGUUCUCUGUUAUUGAGGCAUGCCUCCAGCCCUCUUCUGGUCUAUACAUCUAUAUGAUUUGUGUAAGCAUAAUAAAAACAUAAAAGAAAAUAUUUCCCAAUAUUUAAAUAUAUUACAUAUAUGCUUUUUUAAAAAACCAGACACGGGUCUCAGUAUGUUGCGCAGGGUGGCCUCCAGGGCUCCAUCAGUCCUCCUGCCCCAGUCUCCUGUGCAGGUGAGACUUCAGGUACAUGCUCUCGUGCCUAGCUCUAAAUUUUAAUUUCUAAGAGUUAUCUCUAGUUUUUAAUAACUACAUUAUACAUCUUUUUAAAUUUUUAUUUAAUUAUUUAUUAUCUUUACAUUAUUUUGCCUGCAUGUAUGCCUGCAGGGCAGAAGAAGACACAGGAUCUCAUAGAUGGUUGUGAGCCACCAUGUGGUUGCUGGGAAUUGAACUCGGGACCUUUGGAAGAACAGCCAGUGCUCUUAACCUCUGAGCUAUCUCUCCAGCCCUACAUUAUACAUCUUAACUAUUAACACUCAUUAUGGAGGGAGGCCCCAUGUGGGAUCCUAACUAAAUGUUCUUUCCCAUAAAACUAACAGCUUCCCAGAACUGUGUCCUGGAAACAAGUUCCCAUGUGUUCUUUCCUCUUGCAAGUGCCAAAUGGCAUAUGGCUUCGGGGUUCCAUGAUCCUCUUUCUGCCAAGGUUUUCUGUGUCUAGCCUCAAGCUGAAUUUGCUAGCCAUUUUGUGGCUAUAAUAGGCCAUACACUCUGCCUCAUCUUUAAAGUUAUCUUUGGUUGUCCCUUGGUCUGAGCCAGUCAUUCAUGCUCAGCUGUAGGAACCACUAUAAAGUCUUCUCCCCCAAACCCUACCCCCAGUGAAUGCUCUCUCUGUGUACACUGUACCUUGUGUCAUUAUUUAAUUCAGGUUCUGUGCCACGAUGUGAGAGUGGCACAGUAUGACAGUAUCUUUUGCCAGGGAUGGGAGGCUGCACCCUGUUUUGCUUUUAUCAAAAAAGUCUUUACAUUCCCAAGCUAAAUCUGUAAUCCCAGCACAUGGGAGGCAAAGGCAGGCAGAUCUCUGAAUUCCAGGCCAGCCUGGCCUACAGAGCAAAGUUCCAGUACAGCCAGGGCUACAUAGAGAAAUCCUGUCUUGAAAAACCAAAUGAAAAAAACCAAAAAAAAACGAUUCCCAAGCCAAUUAGGAAACAUCGACUCUGGUCCUGUGUGUUACUGUAGCCCCACACCAGGGGCUACGGUAUGACCCCUCUUUCAAGUAAAGGGGAGUGGUACAGGCCAGGCCAUGGGAUCUGAGUUCCUGAGCUGCUACCAGAGGAUGAGGUGAUUAUCCAGAAGCAUGGAAAAUCCACUGCUGGAGAGGACAGGAGCCUGGUAAGCAAACUCCUGUUCUGUCAUGCUGUGAGUUGCUUGCGUGGUUUCACCUAAGGAGCCCUCUGGAGAGAGUCCGCAGUAAUAAUACCGUGGCAGAGAGCCUUGGCUGGCUAAAGCUGUGCAACAGCACAUCACAUGGCUUUGUUCUUUGCUUAAGAUGCUUCCUUACCACUCUGUACCUUUUUGUUAUUUUGUUUUUUGAUUUCUCUGUGUAGCCUUGGUUGGCCUCAAAUUCAGAGAUUGCCUGCCUCUGCCUCUCAAGUGCUGGGAUUAAAGACAUGUGCCACCAGUGCCCAGCAAAUACCAGUGACUUAAUUUUUGCCUCACAAUUUGCUUUCUAGAAGACCUCAGGUGUCUUAUGGAUCAGGCAGUCACGAGCUCUUAAUGGUUUAACCUUACACAUGCUUGAUACACCUGGUGUCUUCUUCUGCCUUGACAUAACUACAAACCCUUAGAUUGUUUGAGACCACCAGUAUCAGUUACAUUGAAGAUAACAAUUUAUCAAUAAUUAAGGUUUCAUUUGGAGUUAUAUUUGCACGACAUGGAGAUAAAUUUUAGAAUCUGGAUUAAAAUUAUAUUCAGUUAAUACAAGAACAAUUCAAGCCUAUCUUACAAACAUAACACUCUGCCAAGCCUUCUGAACUUGCACAUGCCAUAUAAUGCUCUCCCUUGCAUCUGUAGGAAGAGCGGAAGAGCAGUCAUUAGCUCUGAGGUAACUUUAAAAAGAAAACGAAAAUGUUUUGUGCAUUCCAACAAAAAGAAUAUGCAACAGCCCCAAACUCCACCCUCCAGUGCCCCCACUCACCCACAGCUCCUCCCAUCAACCCAGCCCCUGGCAUCUGCUGAUCUAGUUUUCCUCUUUUCUGAAGUGCUGUGCAGGUGAAAUUAGUAUAUAGACUUCUGAGUGGGCUUCUUCAUUUAGAUACUUCUUUUAAGGUCUGUGCCACAGAACAGAUCUGAUGCUCACUCUUCCCUCUGUUGCUGAGUUACUGCUUUUUAUGGUUGUCUUGCACUUGGCUUAUUCCUUGACCAGUUAAAAGAUAUUUAGGUUGUCUGUAGUUGGGGUUUUUUGGUUUUUAAUUUUUAAAUCUUCCAUAAACAUUUUUCAUAUUGGGUUUUAUGUGAAUAUCUUCAUCCCCCUCCCACCUUUGAAGUGUAAUUGCUGCCAUGUAUGUUUAACUUUACAAUAAACUGUCAAACUUUCCCAAA